AUGGCGGCUUCCUACGACGAUUACGACAGGGAAUACAAUGCCCACCUCCAAAAGAUCCGAAGCUACCUUGCAGGCAACCGUUCUCGUCAAACACUUUCGGAAUGUGAGCGUCUCUUGGAGGAAGCACGAAAGUGUGCCUCGGCCAUGCAAGGUCUUGCUGAAGUAGAGGGUAACCCGAAUCGUGUGAUGGAGUCCAAGCAACGCAUUGAACGAGACAUUGCUCCUCUUUCUCGCGAGGUCAAGCGGCAAUUGAACGACCUGGGUCGCCAAGACUUGUUUGGAGACACCAUGGGGACCUAUCAGGCUCCCAAUGGAAGCUUUGACGAAAAUUAUGAUGAUAUGGAUUGCCUCCUCUCCAAUUCUGAAGACAUGCUGCGAAAUUCUCUCCAACUCUGUUCCGAUUCAGAAGAGGUUGGAACCAGUACCUUGUUGCAGAUGGGUCGUCAGCGAGAGCAAUUGGAGACAACAUCUGGGCACAUUGAUGCGACGAGAAGUGCCGUCGAGCAAGCGAGUGUUGUGUUGCGAAGCAUGGGCUCAAAAGCUUUUCGAAACAAGGCAUUUUUGAAAGGCGUUAUCGUCCUCAUGGGUUUGCUCAACCUCUGGGCGUUCGUUCACAUGGUCCGUCGAAGGCAAUAAUUUGUGACACAACGUCAUAUUGACAGCAAUUUACAUUCAAUGGAAAAGAAGAAAUAACGUUUCACAGC